AUGGCGACUCCUUCUCUGAAGACUCGGACGCUCUGUGAGGUGCCGCUUAAGUGGACAGGCCCGAACGAACAACCCCUGGACAUUCUUUCCGAGGCCACUCCACGCCGAUUCCGCCUCAUCGAUUGUGUCCAACUCACCCAGAACAAGCUGCUGCGCAUCGUCGAGUUUCCUGACUACUGCUCAGUGCGAUAUGCUGCUAUCUCAUACGUCUGGCGCGGAAAUGCCAUUGACCCAACCUACACCAGCCGCGUCACAACGUUUGGAGUCGUCGGAGCAGAGGAUGCUGAUCCUAUCAGUGUUGAAGUCCUCAACCACACCUGUAUUACUGCCUUGCACAAUCACGCUGACUACCUCUGGCUCGAUCGCCUGUGCAUCAUGCAGACCAGCCGUGAUGACAAGGUCUGGCAGAUCGAGCACAUGUAUGAAUAUUACAAGUCUUGCGGUGUAUGCAUCGUCCUUCCCGGAGGGCUCCAGCGCAUUGUGCGUCUUGAUGAGGAAACAGCGUGGAUUCAUCGUGGAUGGACACUGCAGGAAACGCUGGCUCCGGAACAUGUGGUAGUCUUAUUCGCGUGGAAAGGUGGUCCAGGUCACAUUGUCAGUCUCAGUGCCGAGGGGGCCAUAACAGAGGUCAUCCCUUCCCAGUCCGCCAUUUCAGCAAUAGCAAACAUUGUCAACGGUUGUGCUCAAGGCUACGCGAUCUUCAUUCCGCGUAGGAAGCCUAGGCUUUAUAAGAUUUUAAGAUUUCAGAUCAGAAUCUUUGGUAAGAAUUUACCCAAUCUCCUGUCACUUAGCGCAGCCAUGGACAAGCUGCGCAAACAGGAUUGGUCCAGGGAUAUGAUAGAACAUGCCAUCUGGAAAUGUGCGAUGAUGCGCACAUCAUCUCGUCCUGUCGACAUGAUUUUCAGCAUCAUGGGCUUAUUUGGUGUUGUACUUGACACCCGUACAUUCGGGAAGAACGAUCGGUUAGGUGCUACUAUAGCCCUUACGAAAGAAAUACUGCGAAAGGGUGGUAGCGCCAGUUGGUUGGGUGCUUCUAUCCAUUUGCCGCCACACAGAUCUCUCUCGACGUUUCCUGUCUUUCCGCAGACUAGCGUAUCUGGAAAGGCGCUGGUGCGCACCGAAGACGGGUUGCAAGAAGCGGCGAUGUUCAUGAAUGCAGAGUGUCCGACCAUUUGCAUGCCGAAUGGAAGUAUGGAUGAUGAUGGGUAUUUUACAUUCUCUGGGGCGUCGGUGCCCGUUGGGCGCAAACAACAACAGCUGCCACUGGAAAGUGUAAAUCCCUCCCUUCCUCAAGUCACCAAUUUAGAGACUGUGGAUGGCACGGUCUGGGUAGUCUGCAACUCGAGAGAGUCUGAAACUUCAGCCUCGGACAGUCGCACUUUUGCAGUCGUCCUUGGUCAGUUCGGUCAAUACCGCCCUCCGGUGUAUGCAACCCAGACUCUCAAACACCAUACCAGUUUGAGGCUCAUGCUGAUAGAGGAGCAUGGGCCUGGCAAGUUCCACUUGGUGGACUUUUGCACAUCGGAGGGGAGCUCGGACGAUCUACCGUGGAAGACCCGACCGUUCAGUGUCGGCGGACCUCUAACCCUUACUCAAGAUAUGGACCAGAUAGUCUUAUGCAACAGACUGUCACCAAGCCGAAUGAACAGGUGGGUCGGGACAGAGAGGCUGAGAAUAGCCGAAGCGGAAGAGGCUCUAUCCCAAGCAGCGUUAGAACGCUUACUUGCAGUUGCUUACCUGCAACGCAACAACACGAGUGGUCGGGCAGAGUCUUCGGAAGGUGAUGUCGACUCGGACACGGACGACGACGGCAAUCUUCGCAUGUCAGACGAAGACGAUUGA